GACUCCAUGUUUAAUGUGUAGCCCAGGCUGAAAACAGUCUGUCACUAUAGUGUCAGUUCUCAGUAUAAUCCCAAAUAGAGUUAACAUGGGUAACGUUUAAACCAUCCACGAUUCGCAUGAUAAUGUAGGUUGUUUACCCCUUGUCAUCAUCCACGCUGCUUCCUCGGCUAGGAAGGACUUCAGUAUGCGUCAUGUCCUAUUAUGACAAUGGAUUACCUUACAUACAUGACGCUAGCUAUUCUGCUCCUCUCGUCAGUAUAUGGAAAAGAGUAUUCUGUUGAAGGUUUCUGGGUGACUGAGAAAGAUAUUGGUUCAGAUGUACUAGUGUCUGAGAUGAACCAGACGCUGUCAUGGGCGACGUCAGAAUCUACAUGCAGGAGACUUGGUGGUCAUCUGUACGUUGAGGCAUCGGGAGACACUGUGGGGAGUCUUGCUGGCAGACUGGAGGAAGAUACACCCUAUUGGGUCGGUGGCACGGUUGUCACACCGUCCUGGUACUGGGAGGGCACACAGGAUCGUCUGUACCCUUACAUAGGCUACAUCUCCUCAUCCAACAUCAGGAAGAUCAGAACCACACACUAUGAAGACAACCAGGCCUUCACCUGCUUCACCUUCUGCAACUCGAUGUAUGUUGCACUCAAGGACACUGAAUGUGUUUGUCUGAGAGACGACCCAACGCCUGUGGACAGCAGCAUAUCGAGCUUACUCUGCCCGGGCAACAUAGAGGAGAGAUGUGGGGACCCUGACGGAUACUCUGUAUAUAGUGAUAAGCUAUCACAGUUGGAAAAAUUCCGUCAGGCCAGACAAAACGAUUUCCGGUACGUUUGGGGACUCCUGGAGAUCAAUGGCGGCUCCCAACCCUUGCGUAUAGCCACAACGGACAGUCAGACUGACACCUGGAUGGCAUUGUGUGGCUCCACGUCGCAGGAUGUCAGUGUGCCUAUGGAUGCAAUUAUCGCCCCAUCUACACGCCAACAAGCAAGAGAAACGUGUAAAGGGGAACUUCUUCAAGUGCGAGGGAGAAGGAAUUCCCUUCAAGCAGGUCGCUAUUGGAUAGGACUUCGGAGAAGCUUUUCCUGGAUAUGGAUCACAGGUAAAGCGGUGACACAGGGUAUUACGAACGCUUCACUACCCUACCGUUGUCUGUCGGUGAGGAAACGAGGAAGUUCAGUUCGUGUCGAGAAUCAAGACUGUUCCAAGCCAUUGAGAUACAUAUGUUUAACAGACACCAAUAGUCCCGGGAGUCCCGAGGGUGAGGGUUUUGGCUGGGCACUACCCACAGGGGUGGCUGGGGCUGCAGCGGCUCUCAUCAUCAUAAUCGCCGCCACGGCUGGAUGUUGCAGACGCAGACUGAAAAGCAAGAGGGUCACAAAAGUGAAGCAUGAGAAGGCAAGAGUAGAUGUGAAACGUCUCAGACGAGAGUCUACUGACGUGGAGUAUUCUGAAGUGAGAGAUUCUACCACGAUUCCUGCAUCCCCUGACUCUUUUGCUGCAGAAGAGGAUGCGUACCAGAUCCCCUACAACGCGGAGUUAGGUAUUGGUGGGCGUGGCCAGCCCAGCAGCCAGGCUAUAUAUAGCCAUGCAGCACAGCUGGGCGGAGCUGGAGCCACAGACUACGAUGUUACAGGUAACAGAGGCAACUCGACACGCCCACUCGAUGAUUAUGAUCACAUUGGAUCACAUGCAGAUCAAAGUGAGUCGCAAACUGCCGCAUAUGAUACCCCGAGGUCCACGAGGAAGUGUGUUGAUGUUGCAGAGGUUGAAGUCGUCAACGAUGAAGGUGGCUAUCGAAGCACAGACACAACCUGUUUUCCUGUUCAAGUCAGCUACAGUGAGCGCGAGAACACCGGUCUACAGUACGAUACACCUCGGCGUGGUAGCCCUUUAAGUGUUGCCCACGGGGUUGAUGCUAACGUUGGGGGUGGGGACAGAGGGGUUAAUGUCCCUGCGUAUGACGUCCCGAGGAGUGACAGGGUCGGGCAUGUCAUACAGUUGUGAAGAAUUCCAGGGAAAUCAGUAAAGUGCCGGAAGUGUUCGUAAAAUCGUAACCAGCAGCUGACCACAAAACGAUCUUAGCACUGUGACGACUACAGGACAAUGUUGAGUGAGUGUGUAUAGUUUAACGCCGCUUUUAGCAAUAUUACAGCAAUAUCACGGCAGGGGAAACUGUAACGGACUUCACACACUGUACCCAUGUGGGGAAAAAAAUCGAACUCGGGUUACGAGCGAACGCUGUAACCACUAGACUACACCACCUCCCCCGUGACAAUGCUGAAGCGAUUUACGAUCACGUUAGUACUAAGACAGCUUUAUCGAACGUCACUCCGAAACAUACAUUUCAGUUCGUCCUGCUUUCUUGAGUAUGUCAUGUACAGAUCAGUGGACGUAGCAAAAUAAUAUUUAUUGUUAAGUUAAAUAAACUGAUUACAGUAAACACUUGGAAAUUUGAUUUGACCCCAAAAUAUACGUGAAUAAAUUGGUACUAGGUAUAAAAAAUUGCGAAGAAACUGCAAAAGUAUGAAACAGUGAAAACGUGACUCAUCUUCGUCGAAUAACUAGUUCUCGUUUGUUUCCUGUUAAUAUACCUUCAAACAUGGUUGUAUACUUUCUGUUUUUUCGCAGUAUAUAUUCUGUACAUCAUUAAAGUAAUACUCAGUGAA